CCCUAGUUGGGUUGGCUAAUUGCUAAUAGUGAACAAACAAAUCACUCCCAGGUCGAGAGAGAAAUCGAAAUCGAAAUCGAAAUCAAACCAAAAUCAAGAUCAAAUGGCAGGAAGACUAAGCAAAGUAGGCUCAGCAAUACUGGGUGGAAAUGGUGUGGUUUCCCGUUCCGUUGCCAACUCCCUCCGUCAACGUUCCGGUAUGGGACUCCCCGUCGGCAAGCACAUCGUCCCCGACAAGCCGCUUCCGGUGAACGAUGAGCUGGUGUGGGAUAACGGUACUCCAUUCCCUGAACCUUGCAUAGAUCGCAUCGCCGACACUGUUGGAAAGUACGAAGCAUUGGCUUGGUUAUGCGGUGGAUUAGGGUUCUUCGCUACUCUCGGAUUGGCCGCUGUCUGGAAUGAUAAAGCUUCUAAAUAUCCCUUUACUCCAAAGGUUUAUCCAUAUGACAACUUGAGGGUAGAGCUCGGUGAAGAACCAUAGAUGCAUCAACUCCAACAAUUGUAUCGCAAAUGUUGUUCAGCUAAAUGACCUUCAUUUUACAUUUUAUUUCCAUCUGUAGCUCUGGGAUGAUUUAAAAUAAAGGUCUGACUUGUUUUUGUUUUAAAGAUUGAUAUGGAUAUGCUUGGCAACUUUUCUGUUAAUGUCAUAAUUUGAUGCUACUUAGAUUUUUUGAAUGGUAUAUGUAAUACUCAUAAGUUCCUAUGUCUUAGGGACAGCUUGUCCUAACAACCAAACAAAUCCACUUUCCAUGUUAUUGCAGUGGACAAUUAUUUGCAUAUUGCUGAUGA